ACCGGGGGCGUGCCGGGGGCGUGGCCAGCGAGGAUGUGAGCCCCACCCACCCCCGUGCCAGAGCGCAAGCGCGGGCUGCAGCGGGCCAAGAUGGCGGCGGCGGCGGCGGCGGCGGCGGCCGCUGAGCAGCAAAGUUCCAAUGGACCAGUGAAGAAGUCCAUGCGGGAGAAAGCUGUGGAGCGAAGGAACGUUAACAAAGAGCACAAUAGCAACUUUAAAGCCGGGUAUAUUCCUAUUGAUGAAGAUCGCCUCCAUAAGACUGGCCUGAGAGGGAGAAAGGGCAACCUGGCCAUCUGUGUGAUUGUCCUCCUGUUUAUCCUGGCUGUCAUCAACCUACUCAUUACGCUUGUCAUCUGGGCUGUGAUUCGCAUCGGGCCAAAUGGCUGUGACAGCAUGGAGUUCCACGAAAGCGGCCUGCUGCGAUUCAAGCAAGUGUCUGACAUGGGCGUCAUCCACCCGCUCUACAAGAGCACCGUGGGAGGAAGAAGGAAUGAGAACCUGGUCAUCACUGGCAACAACCAGCCAAUUGUUUUUCAGCAAGGAACAACCAAGCUGAGUGUAGAAAAGAACAAAACGUCUAUCACCAGUGACAUUGGAAUGCAGUUUUUUGACCCAAGGACACAGAACAUCUUAUUCAGCACCGAUUACGAGACUCACGAGUUUCAUCUGCCAAGUGGAGUGAAAAGUCUGAAUGUUCAGAAAGCGUCCACUGAAAGGAUUACCAGCAAUGCUACCAGUGAUUUAAAUAUCAAAGUUGAUGGGCGUGCAAUUGUGCGUGGCAAUGAAGGCGUGUUCAUCAUGGGCAAAACCAUCGAAUUUCACAUGGGGGGCAACGUGGAGUUAAAGGCUGAAAACAGCAUCAUCCUCAAUGGAACCGUGAUGGUCAGCCCAACGCGUCUGCCCAGUUCCUCCAGCGGGGACCAGUCGGGGAGCGGUGACUGGGUACGAUACAAGCUCUGCAUGUGUGCAGACGGCACACUCUUCAAAGUACAAGUGACGGGCCACAACAUGGGCUGCCAGGUGGCAGACAACCCUUGUGGAAACACUCACUAGGAGCUCUGUCCCCAGGGUCAGUGUGUUCCACUCUCCACUUGACCUUUUCUUUUUAAGAAUGCAUGUGAACCAUGUUUUUACAGUUUGCGGUAACUUGUAAGUAUUUUAACUGGGGAGCACCACUGUAUCGAUUAUGUACGCUCCACACUUAAGAGACUUUUGAGUGCCUAAAUUCUGAUAUGCUUUAUUAAGUUGCACUGAUACUAAAAUGACAGUUCUCUAAAAUAAUUAUGAGAAAUUAAUAAAAUGAAAAGUAAUCUUGAAGUGUUUUUAACAUUCUACUAUCUCUUGUCUAAAGGACAAAGGGAUGAAGAACUAUGUAAGUAAGCCUCUGGUUAUUUCCAGAUCCACUCGAGAUGUCUGGAGAGCAUAGCAUCACUGUCUGUGCUCUUUCUUUUUUUUGGCUUUUAUGGGAAAAGGCACAGGUUUUUACUGCAUUAACCCGAAGCCACAUUUUCACAAACAAGUCAUUGAAGAACUUUCCAUCUAUGAGCUUGUAAGAAACUAUGUUUCCUUAGUUUUGCACUAAAGAAAAUACUCUGUCAUGGAAUGUUUACUUGAAAUAAUGAUACAUAUAAGUAUCUGCAGUGCGUAGCCAUUGACCCCCAACCCCAGUUCUCACUUGUGUGUACUGUUACUAGUGGUAACAGUAGCUGUUGUCAUCAGUGGACCUCUUCUUCCCCAACACCGUCCUGGACACUGUGUGUUUAGUCUCUCUCAUUCUCUCUGCGCCUCUCAGGAAGUGCUUCAAUCCACCUUCCCCCAUCAGGAAACUGAGUCAAAGAAACUAAGGAGCUGCCCCAUCCCAACCACAUAGUAAAGGAUGGAUCCUGGGUUGGCAUUCAAGUACAGUUCUAAACUAGGGGAAACUGAUUCCAAGUGUGUUUCUGCCUUUAUACUCUACACUGAAUUGUCAAUUAUUUAAAACUCUCAAAAGAUGGAAAAGGCUUAAUUCUAAUUUACCUAAUAGGUAAAAAUCAAACAUGUGUGCUACUCUAGUUAAGAUACUAAUCUGUUAGAAAAUAUGACCAAUCACUGUCAGAUUUUAAACUAUCUUGAGCCAAUUCCAAGCUGUCAUUCAAUAGACAGAUCUGCUUGGUCUGCAUGCCACAUGGGAGCACCUGAAUGAGUUACAGAGAGGCCAAUAUAUUGUCCCUUAAGCCCUGGGGAGACUCAGGGGAAAUGGGGAGGCUAGGCCUCAGUAGGGCCUGCUGCCCGAUGUAUUUCCUCCAGUGUCCCAUACCAGCAUCCCCCUUUAGAAGUGUAUUGCACCCAAGAACUAGUACACACUAGGACAAAGGGUGCUGAUGCAGGAGAUGAUACAGGUGAUUUUUAGCUAGGUAUAAAACUUUGAUCUCUGCCCCUCAUCUCACUGUCUCAUUUUAACUAUUUACAGCCCUCAAACGAGUGGAUUCUAGUGUAUUUUAUACUUGAUUGGAAAGCAAUUUUCUGGUACUACUAAGAUACAUGGGAUCGGGUACCCAGAAUGCAUAGCUGUAGACAGCAGGGAGGUGUCAUGGGCCUAGCCACACAGAAGGACACCUGUAUACUGUCACGGUCAUGUGUAGAUAAGAAAAUCAACCUAGAAAACAGUUUGUGUUCAAUACUGUCACAGUUCUGUCAAGUGGAAAAAACUGAAUACCUUAGAGAUCGUGAACUCAGGCUGAGACCUGACACUAAGUGCAGGUUUUAGAUGUAAAGGAAGAGAGCGAUGUAUGCCUCUGGAUAUGGUCAAGGAUUGUUUAAUAACUAAAAAAUGCCCAGAAAAAUCAUGUUUGGAGUUCUCAUUUCCAUGCUCAGUGUAUUUUAAAUUGUACAUUUGUUACGUGUUCUUUUUCAAUUUGUUUUGAGAAUUUCUUUAAAUAAAUAUUUUUACUAAAACCACAGAACACUAUAUUACAAAGUAUUCUUUACUAAAUACAAUUCAUGAAAAAUGUAUUUUUGCAUUUCCUUGAGAAACACUUGUGUUUUGAUACAUCUCCAUUGAGCACUUUGAUGCAAGAGAACACCUGAUGCUUUGCAAAGCUGCUGGUGACUGGGUGUGACAUUCUAGAAGGCAUUGCAGGUAGACCCCCCCCCGGGGGGGGGGGGCACUGACCUGCUAGCUCUGCUGAGGCGCCAAGCAAGAUCAAGUCCUGGUACACAGUGAAGCCACACUGCUCAAGCUGGCCACCAGGGGGAGGGCUCCUGCUCAUCUGUUCAUUUCUUCUGUUGGAACACAGCACACUCAGAGGACUUGGCUGCCGCAGCCUGGGGGGAAGGAGACGUAAGAGGAAAACAGACAAACAUUUGUAAGUAAGGACAAUGUUUUAGACGUGGAUAUCAGAUGCUCAAAGAGACAGAAGAAAUACAAGAUUCCUUAGAGACUGCGCAGCGGACAGGGGAGUCUACACAGCCAAGCAGGAGCUGCCAGCCAUCAGCUGCAGUCUUUUAAAAUACGCUUUAUUGGCAAUCUUUUUGCAUUGUAACAGAAGCAAAAUAAAGUUUGUGUGACAGUUUUAAUGAUUAAAGGUAGGAAUUCGACCUGGUUUUGAUGAGUGGUUUUUAAGGGGGGUGGAAUUUCUGUGUUAAACUUGGUGAAGAGGAGCCCUGAAGUGUUGGUCAUUGUGAUCUUUCGAAGACGUAAGAGGGGCAAAGGUUACAAGCUAUGCCACACAAAGAUAAACCUAUAAUGUGUUUACAAUAAAAUUUUGUGAACUUUGCUGUCA